AUGGGAGAAACAAAGACCCCUGUUCUCAGCCCAAUCCCGCUUGAGCAAGCUCACCUCAACUUGACCCAUUCCAGAUAUUUUUGCGCUCCAGCACUUAUUAUGGCAGCCAUCAACGAUACUUGCAUUCCCAAUUGGGAUAUUUCAACACCCACAUGGAGCCCAAACUCGAUAUAUAUCGUUUUGUUUGACCGCGGAGAGAAGGCUUAUACAUUUCAUUGGGCACUCUACCUACACCAGGCAGCGAACUCCGGCUUCAAAUACCAUCUCGUCAAUACAACGAACUCCACGAGCUGGAAAUUCGACCCACAUGCCAUUGAAGAUGUUGAUAACGAUGGGUCUAUCCUUGCUGCCCUCGAGAUAGGAUGCCUUGAGCCGAUGAUGCACCCGCAUCUCCUGCACCGCCUCGAGGAAAUUUCAAUCUUGGAUUCCAAGAGGUUUCGCGAAAGAAUUACUUGCCGGGUGUGGCUCAAAGAGGCCAUAUAUGCGUUGGAUGAUGAAGGCUACAUAUCACUUAGCAGAACUGUGGACGAGAUCGAAGAAAGGGCUACGCUCCUCGCGAUGCAGAAUAAGUCUUUAGGGAGGCGGACGAUUGCACAAAUCGGAGAUGGCGAAGCAUAA